AUGAUCAUCGGCUUGUUGAACACCUUCACGACUGCGAAGAAGGCUGAGAGUUUUAAAACCACCAAGAGGCGCCUGUCUCUUGAAACUCUUGAGCUGAUACGCCAGCGUGGAGCAGCACGAGCCGCAGGGAACCAAGAACUCACGCCCGAGCUCGCAAGGCUUUGCAGAGAGGCGAUAAAGGAAGAAAAGAGAGAAGAGCAGAAGUGCUGGCUGAAGCUACAGAGGCGGAAAAAGCAUCCGUAUGCCGUGAGACCUGCCAGAAGACAGAUACUUUGCAAAACCCGAAGGGAACAACCAUUGCGUCAGAAGGGGAAUAGAAAAUCAUUAGAGUUCUACUCGAUCUCUUCGACAGCCAUGUAUUAA